CCGCGUUAUCAUCGACUACACCAGAUCCUCAGAACUCGUGAAGGAUACUCUGCUGCUUCGCGUCGAGUUCGAGAACGCUCCAGCGGAUACGAAAUCUGCAACUCAAUAAACGAAAUUGCUAAAUAUGAGAUUGUUGUGGCUGAUUUUGGUUUCGUACACGCUGUGUAGACUCGUGAGAGCGGAUCAGAUCUUCUCAGCUCAUGUAGCAGGUGGUACAUUUGGACGCAGCUCGCAUGAACCAAAAUAUAAGAUUGAAUUCCAUCCAGAAGAUUCACCAUUUCAUCCGGAUGAUGACCAGGAAUAUAUGAUUAUGCCCAAUAAAGAUGGACAAAAGUAUAUAUGUUUCUUGCCUAGGGAUGAGAAAGUCAAGAGCAUAAAGCCCAUUAGUCAGCUGAACACAAGCAGCAUGAUUGUGGAAACUGAGAAGCGGAUUAAAUUGAAAACACCAGAUGAGCUACUUGAAAUACUGAAGGAUCGCUGCUUUAUUAGACAAGAAGGUUGGUGGUCGUAUGAAUUUUGCUAUCAGAAGAAACUUCGGCAACUUCACAUUGAAGAUGAUAAAGCAGUUCAGGAGUUUGUCUUGGGUGUUUUUGAUGAAGAAGCCACGGCUGCUUUCAACCAGAAUCUCUCCGACAUUUCCACACUGAAAGAUCCUCGCUCGAAAGAUGCAUCACAGAGGUAUCAUGCUCAUCAGUACACAAAUGGCACCAUCUGUGAUCUUACAAAUCAGCCCAGAGAAACUGAGGUGAGGUUUGUUUGCUCAGAGCCCAGAGCAAUGAUCAGUUCUAUCACCGAGCUAUCAACUUGCAAGUAUGCUCUUACUGUUCAAAGUCCAAUGCUUUGCAAACACCCAUUGUUCCAAGAAGAGAGGCCAGUGUCGCACACCAUUGACUGUAAUGUCCUUCCCAAGGAUUACAAGGAUAGGAAGGUGGAGAAGGGAGAAUCUGAAGAUAAUGGGAUCGUCAUGGUCACGGAAGUUGAACACCCAUCAAAUGCUGAUUCAGAGGAAUAAUUGACGUACAGAUACAACCAGUAUACGCUUCAAAUAUGGUAUUGUUAUUAAUAUCAGAUGCUUUGGCUAAGAACUUGUUUUCUUGACGAAAUAGAUGGUAGAUUUAAUCUCACUUUAUUUGCUGAAUGUUUCUGACCCCAAUUUACAAGCAACUCUAAGCUGAAUCCAGAGUGUUUUUUUUUUCCCAUGGAA